AUGGAUCUCGACGAACGCGACGUACGCAUGCGCGCUGGCAACGACUAUGAUGAAGACGAAGAAGAGGAGCCUGUUCGACGUAAGCACAUGGACGACAGUGAUGAUGAAGAGGAAGACGAAGAAGAGGAAGAGGAAGAAUUGGAACGAGACCCGCGAAAAGCAAAACGGCGGCGAAGAGAGCAAGUUGUAAACCCUUAUAUCGAUGUACAAGCACUUGUGGAUGAUGAUGAUGCCGACGACGAUGAGGAAGACGAGGCAGAGGCAGGCGCGUCUUUCUUGGGCCAACGGCGGCACUACCAACAACAAGACGAUGAAGAGGAUGAUCAAGACGCAGAACGGAGCGUCGCACGGGCGCGAAGGCUCGACCGAAAACGGUUUGAAGACAUGGAAAUCUCUGGAGAAGAGCUAGCAAAACGAUUGCGUGAAAAAUACGCACGAAACGAUCAAAUGGUCGAAGAACUGGCCUCUGUACCCCAGCGAAUGCUCAUGCCAAGCGUCAACGAUCCAAACCUGUGGCAAGUCAAAGUCAAGCCCGGACGCGAACGAGAUAUUGUGCUCAGCCUCUAUCGCAAGACGCUCGAUCUCGAACUCAAAGGCAACCCACUUCAAAUCAUCUCAGCAUUUGAACGUACAUCCAUUCCUGGGUACAUCUACGUCGAGUCGCGAAGUAAAGAGGCUGUCAUCUCUGCAUGUUCAAACCUCGUCGGUAUCUUUCGACGGGAUCCAAUCCUUGUCCCCAUUGGCGAAAUGGCACCCCUCCUCCAACUCAAGCAGAAAGAGUUUACUCUGCAACCUGGUGCAUGGGUCCGUCUCAAGCGCGGCAAGUACCAAGGUGAUCUCGCUCAAGUGAUGGACGUUACCGACACUGGCGAAGAGGCCGGAAUCCGAUUUUUACCUCGCAUCGACCUCACACCACGCGAGUUUGAAGGUGGGGAUGGAAGUGCAAAGCGCAAACGUGCUGUGGCUGCCACUGUUGGCAGACCGCCUGCUCGACCGUUCAACCCAGAAGAGGUUCUCAAAGUCUACGGCAAAAAGACGACUAUACGCCGUGGACCAAGUUGGAUUUUCAAUGGAGAUACGUACACGAAUGGAUUCCUCGAAAAGGACGUCCGCGUAUCUGCAUUGGUCACCGAAAACGUCCAGCCACGUCUAGAUGAACUGUCUGCGUUUUUGGGAGAUGGAAAGGAUGGAGAAAAGGCCGCUGGUGGGGAUGGUGCGCUCAACCUUGCAUCACUCGCUGCAGAAAUUCGACGACCUAUCAUGGUUGCGCUCCAGCCCGGCGACCAAGUCGAGGUCUACCAAGGCGAGCAGAUUGGUACACGGGGUAUCGUCGACUCUGUGCUGGGUGACAUUGUGACGAUUCGUGGUGAGGGACUCGAGUUGGAAGGCAAGAUGACGAUUGAGGUACCUGCGCGACAUGUUCGCAAGCGCUUUAGUCCUGGUGACCACGUCAAAGUCAUGGCGGGUGUCAAUACCGAUGAGACGGGUAUGGUUUUGUCUGUCAAUGGCGACUUGGUCACCUUUAUGUCGGACUUGACCGAGAGUGAGAUCACCGUCUUUUCAAAAGAUUUGCGAACCGCGGCAGAGGUUGGCUCGAGCUCCAAUGUCGUAGGCAACUAUGAACUUCACGAUCUCGUUCAGCUCGAUAUGCAGACAGUUGGUGUUAUUUAUCGGACGGAGCGCGACUCGUUCCGUGUGCUUGAUCAACAUGGGCAGACCCGACUCGUCCAGCCACACCAAAUCACGAUGCGCAAAGAUUCGAGGAGGGCAGUCUCGACCGACGCCGAAGGCAAUGAAUUGCGCGUGGGUGAUAAUGUCAAAGAAGUCGAUGGCGAGAACCGGCGUGGUGUGGUGCUACAUAUUCAUCAAGCGUUUUACGCCUUUUUGCAUAAUCGCGAGAUUCCCAAAGAUGGCGGAAUCUUUGUCACUCGAUGUCGUUCGCUCGCUCCUAUUGCACCAAAGGGCGCGCCGAAGCAGCCCGCAAUGGAUUUGACAAAGAUGAAUCCUGCUGUCGCCGGUGGAACUGGUGGCGCGCCGUCGAUGAGUAGAGGCCCUCGUGAUCGACUGAUUGGUGUGAACAUCAAGAUUAUCAAGGGUACGCAAAAGGGAUACCAGGGUAUCAUCAAGGACGUCAACGGUCAACAUUGUCGUGUCGAGCUCAGCACAAACAAUCGUAUCAUUACAAUCGAGAAGGACAAGCUCAGGCGAUUGGCGCCCAACGGUCAAUUGGAACCACUAGAGGGACCUGGAGGCUUUGCUCAUCCCGGGCAGAAGCGUGGAGGUCCUGGGGGUGGAUUCAACAGUGAUGGUUCAGCCACCAACUCGACAUUUGGACGGACACCGAAUCCAUAUAUGACCGACGGUGGACGAACACCUGGCUGGGGCGCAACAGGACGUACGCCAAACCCAUAUUCGGAUCGACGAACACCCGCAUGGUCCGCCAACGCGACUACGCCGAAUCCAUAUCUGGACAGCGGAAAGACACCCGCUUGGAAUGCGAGUUCGCGCACGCCAAACCCUUAUGCCGCCGGUGGAGAUGGUGGGCGGACACCGGGAUGGAACCCAGCUUCCGCACGCCCAACCCGUCCACAGAAGGGUGGAUGGGGUAGUGUUAGUGAUGGCGGUGGUGGCUGGGGUUCGUCCAACGAUAAUGAUGGGUGGAGCACGCCGCGUCAGACGGGCAAUAGUGGCUCAAAAGGUGGCUGGGGAACAGUCAAAGAGGAUUCAUGGGGUGCCGAUACAGCUCCGACACCGGCCGCCUCUGCGCCAACUCCCUACGUAUCUGCACCAACCCCAUUCUCUGCACCAACUCCCGCUGCAACGGCUCCGACGCCCUAUGUGAGCGCACCAACGCCUGCAGUAUAUGGGGAAACCCCAGGAGGAUACGGUAUCGCGCCUACGCCAGCCGGUUUCUCUGCACCCACUCCUGGCUAUACACCGAGUAACUUUACCGCACCUACGCCUCGCGGAAUCGGAGCCACACCUGCAAUGGCGCAAGAUUAUAUUCGCAUACCCCGUGAUGAUGCGCCUUUCAAUAUGGACAAUCGCCGAUGGCUGCUCGAGUUUAAACUCGAAGGAAUCCAAGCGCAGAUCCGCGAGGACGCCGACUAUGCAGACGAAAAAUAUGCUGGAAGGAUUGUCACGAUUUCCAAAGUGUGGGAGGAGAAAGAUUAUCUUCAAUCGACGGCGAACUGCUUCUUUGCAGACGGCGAAGAGCGCGGGACACCACUCGAAGACGUGCCCAUUGAAACGUUUGCGCCACACUACCCUCUCGGCGGACAUUAUCAGAAUCGCAAAGCUGUCCUGCUACAAAACCAUGUCGUACACGGGCGACGUGGGCCAGAGGUGGCUGGUGCGAAAAAGGAGAUUGUGCUGUUGCGGACGUAUGGUGAGCACGAAUGGCUAUGUGGACGCAUACAAGUGCCUGGUGCGGCGGAUAUCGAAGUAUCUGCGACAGGCUUGUGUCUCAUGGGAGAGUGA